AUGCCACAAGAAGCACCGUUCACGUGGUGCCUGCUAAGCGACAGGGGGUGUCUAAACCUGCAGCUGCCCUCCAUGCCGACCCUCGAGGAGCUGCUGUCGCGCGUCGACCGCGACCUGGUCAUCGUCCAGCUGAAGAUGGUGCUCUCGGCCAUGUCCAUCAUCUACAUCGGCGCCCACGGCGCCCUGCGCAGGCCCCCGUCCGCCGCGCCCCGCGUGCCCAGGACCCGCGACGGCAAGGCCAAGGCGGUCAACGCCGCCGCCAGGAAGGAGGAGGAGAGCUUCGCCGAGGGCUUCCAGGCCACCGACGCCAUCGUCUUCCCCGUCCUCGCCGCCGUAGCCCUGAUCGGGCUCUACUACCUGCUCCACUGGCUCGACGACCCGGACAUCCUCAGCAAGUUCAUGCGCUACUACUUCUCCCUCGCCUCGCUCGCCAGCCUAGGCAAGCUGAUGGGCGACGCCCUGCACCUCGCCACGGGCUUCGUCUUCCCCAACAUCUGGGCCGACCAGUUCGGACGCCUGUACCGCUUCGAUCUUGUCGCCAGGCGCCAGCUUCGCCGUGUCAGCGCCCCCGCCUCCGCCGAGGGAGGCAGCGGCGCCUGGGAGGUCGACGAGUCCAAGGACACGACCUUUCCCGGCCCCGGCCCGCUCCUCCUGCUUCCGCUGCCCCUUUUCAAGCGUGCCAUGUGGACCGCUCGCAUGUUGCUCAAGGAGAGCUGGACUGUCAAGUUGGGCCUGCACGGGGUUGGCUUUGACGAAUUCCAGGUCACUCUCAAUGGCGUCCUGGGGUUCCUUGGCGCCACCGCCGUCGCGGCCGCCUAUCACAUAACGGACUCGUCCUCCCUUUCCAACCUGAUGGCCGCAGGCAUGUCAUACGGCGCCUUCAUGCUCAUGUCGCCCACCUCGUUCUUGAUCGGCAGCAUGGUCCUGGCUGGGCUCUUUGUAUACGACAUUGUGAUGGUAUUUUAUACCCCCUUCAUGGUCACGGUGGCGACCAAGAUCGAUGCUCCUAUUAAAAUGACAUUUGAGAAUGAAGCGCGGUCGAGCUUGCUGGGUCUGGGCGACAUUGUGCUCCCUGGAAUCUUCAUCUGCCUCUGUCUGCGCUUUGACCUGUGGCGACAUUACCAGAAGCAGACCACUCGCGUCCCAACUAAGCUCACGACCGAGUUCGAGGCUGCGUCGACGGACAAAGACGUGCUGGACAUUACCACAGAAACGCGCAAGCUCGUCGAGACUAAGGACCUCGAAAUCAAGGCAGAGUUCAUGGACCCCCAGGGGCGCUGGGGCGACUGGUUCUGGACCUUGCCUCUGCGGCUGACUGGCGAAAUCCCCACUCCUGGGCUGCGGGCCAUGGCGUUUCCCAAGACGUACUUUUUUGCGUCCAUGAUUGGGUACGCGGCCGGCAUGGCGCUGACCGUUGCGAUGCUCCUCGUCUUCCGGCACGGCCAGCCGGCCCUGCUGUACCUGGUCCCCUGCGUCACGGGCGCCGCCUGGCUGACAGGCACAGUCAGAGGCGAGCUGCACGACAUGUGGACAUACACCGAAGACGGCUCGCUGGACACCAAGGACGUCCUGGUCGAUGUCGAUGGGAGUGGCAACGUUGUCAAGGCGCCGCCGGCAGACGAGACCAAGGUUAAAGCGGACCAGGAUAAGGUUCAGGGGCCGGAGGGGACCGGUAAGGCUCCGGCCGACAAGAAGGAGGUUGGGGCCAAGGCGCCCGAACUGAAGGGCUACACGGUCGCCGAGUUCAUCCUCAGCGCUCCACAUAUUGACGACAUCGACGAGGAUAAUAUUUGA